GCAAUUUUCCAGCUAGGUGACAGAAUACCGGCAGCCAGAGCGCACGGGACAUCAGAAAUGAGAGCCUCGUUCACUAUGCCAGAAGUGCCUCCGAGAUUGGUGACCCAUAAGGAUCAGUACAAACAUCCGGCUAGUUUACCUCUGGAACCCCAAGUAGAGCCGAGCUGGCACAAAGAGCUGCCACCCCUGGACACAACGCACGAAGGUUACCAGGUCCACCUGGACCCCUACCUUAGUACCAGCAGGCUGCACCAUCACCCGUUCACCGCCGACCAGCUACGGAGACCCUCCAACUCAAGAGACACAGUCACGUAUUACACCUUCGAUGAAACGCCUUGGACGAGAACCCCGAAGCCGACAGCUGGAGAUUGGUGGCUGCCGAGGCGGGUGCCACAGUCGGUGUACGACCGGGAGAAGUUUAAGCAGGGCUUCAGGGAAUAUCGCACACACAAUAAACUUUUUUUUGUUCCUGGGACCUUCCGAACAGAAACAAGAGAUAAUUAUACAAAACCAGACCGUAAUAUACACAACUUUGAGGAUGAUGUACAAAACUACUAUCAGCAGAGGACAUCGAACCUACCCACUAACAUAAGCAUAGAAAACUUGGUGAUAAACAAUUAUUGCACGGAAGCGGGACACCUCGGCAGUGGCAGGAAGAUUUGUACCGCACUCGAUCAGUAUAUUGAGAAAAACAAAAGAUUGGAUCCAGCUAAGAAAUAAUAUUUCUUCCUUUUGACGUAGGACAAUUUUAUGUAAUUUGAUUAAACUAUUGAUGAUGGGUGU